UUCAAACGCCGCUAUUUUCAAAUACAAAUCUACGACAACACGCACUUGGCCUUCAUCUUGGAAACGCUUCGUAAAGGUAGGUUUCUCUCAAUUCAGGGUAACGAAAAAGCAACUGAGAAUGGGAUCCAAAACUGACGAUUUGAAGAUGUCAGAAUUUUCCAAGAUAGAAAAGAUUGGGGAAGGCACGUACGGUGUUGUGUACAAAGGCCGCAAUAACAGGACUAACAAGCUGGUUGCAUUGAAGAAAAUUAGACUUGAGCUAGCUGAUGAAGGAAUUCCAAGCACAGCAGUACGGGAAAUUUCAUUGCUAAAGGAACUGAAUGGUCACCCAAAUGUUGUUAGUCUAGAACAUGUUCUACAUGAAGAUUCCAAGCUAUAUUUGGUGUUUGAAUUUCUACUUUGUGAUCUUAAGAAGCAUCUGGACUCAACAAAAGGACCACUAGAUCAUAUCUUAAUCAAGAGCUACCUUUACCAAAUCACAAAUGCCCUCUACUUUUGCCACAGUCGUCGAAUCUUGCAUCGUGAUCUGAAACCCCAGAACCUUUUGAUUGAUGAGCACGGGCUCAUUAAGUUAGCUGAUUUUGGCCUUGGGAGGGGGUUUGGAAUCCCUGUAAGAGCUUACACUCAUGAGGUGGUAACUCUGUGGUAUCGUGCACCUGAGGUUCUCCUGGGAGGCCAGCGAUAUGCAUGUCCCAUUGAUAUCUGGAGUGUGGGAUGUAUAUUUGCAGAGAUGGUUACAAAGAAACCAUUGUUUCAUGGUGAUUCAGAAAUUGACCAACUUUUCCGUAUUUUCAGAAUCCUAGGUACACCUACAGAGCAGAACUGGCCUGGAGUAUCACAACUUCCAGAUUACAAACAAAACUUUCCUAGAUGGAGUGGAGAAGGACUGAGGAAGGUAGUACCACAGUUGGAUAACAAUGGGCUUGAUCUUUUAGAGAAAAUGCUUAAAUAUGAUCCUGCUAAAAGAAUAUCAGCCAAAGAAGCUUUGGACCAUCCUUUCUUCAAUGACUUGGACCUGUCAACCCUCCCUGCCACCAAAGAAAUGACAAUGAAUGGAUUGAUGUUUGAGAACUAACUGUGCUUUACACUUUUUAGAAAUCACACUCUUAGUAUUGGUUUUUGCAUGAAGUGUAUAGAACUUGAAAAUUUUUUCGUCAACUAGUAGUCUGCCUUUUUGUUACAUGUACUAGACAAAAGUGCUAUUAAACUAACAUUCAAUAGAAAAUGACAGUUAAAGCACUUACUUUUAAGCAGUAAGCAAAUGUCUGUCAUAUUAAAAGGGAGUUGUUUCACCCCUUCACCUCCUGUAAUUGAAUGGCUCUAAGAGCCUCCUCUACAUUGAUUAGCUCACUGUGAGACAAAAUGACUUUAAAUACAAUCAGAAAUACUUUGUUCAAUGUAUAUAAUUUUUGAAUCAACCCCUUUUGUGUUCCAUUCCUAAAACUUGCAACACAAUUGUUUUUGAUGAUCAUAUUAAAUCAUAUAUAAUGGCCUUGAUAUGCAUUUUGUUUUAAAAUAACUCAUCAAUCAACUGCUUUAUCAAUAUUUUAUUUGCUUUAAUUUGUACAUAACAUGUAGUUUGCAAAAUUUACAUUUAAUUAAGAAUAAAUACAAAAUAGCUAAAUUGUAUCAUGGAAUUAUGUCAAUGAAAGAUGCAAAUUGGAUGAAUUCUAUCAGGUCUCCAAGUGUAACAAUGCAAACCCUUUCAGAUAAACUCCAUGAGGUUGAGGGUAAUCAGCUUGAUAUAUUCUUCUCUCCAGACACUCCAAUUUUCUCUUAUUUGCCUAGUGUAAAUAGUUUCCAUUUGCAUCAGAAAUAUCUUAAAGACUACCGGUUACUUUUCGAGUAGACCUUUAAAUUUUAAUUUCCUCUCCUGUGUUAUCUUUGCUGUGUGGAUUUUGUAUAAUUGCAGUUGUCCAUUACAGUGUAUUGAAUGAUAUCUUUUCCAACACUAGCUGAUUACAAUAAAAAAAAACUUGUAAAAUGAAA